AUGAGUAAUCGACGUUGCUUUGAAUGUGUUAGCCGUUCACUUCGUGACAUUAUUGUCUGUGAUCAUAAAGUAUUUGGUUGUAUUUCUGUUCUUCUUGGAGGGGACUUUAGACAAACAUUACCUGUGAAAUCGAAAAGUACACGCGAGGCCAUUAUCUCUUUAACAUUACCUUAUUGUUAUCUGCGGAAAUCCUUUAAGGUUUAUAGGUUAACUGAUAAUAUGAGGCCGAUGAAGGUAGCUGGUAAUCCUGGUGGCCAAUUCUCUACGUCUGAAUUUGCAGAAUGGAUACUUGAAGUUGGUAAUGGGACUAUAGGUGAACUUGACAAAGAAGACCCAACAAAUACAUUUUGGAUAAAGAUACCAUACCAUCUCUUAAUUCCUACUUCAAACAACUCAUUGCGGCAUCUAAUAGACUUUGUUUAUGGGGAUGGUGUCCUUCAUAACACAUAUGUCAUUGAUCUUUCAGAUAGAGCAAUUAUAUGCCCCACAAAUGAGGCUGCUGACAAGAUUAAUGAACACAUUGUCCAAAUGACAGUAGAACCAUUUAAUACAAGAUGA